GUAGGGUCAGCCAAGGACUGGGAGAUUCAGAGAAGCUGCAGAAUCCAGAGCAGACGAGGUCUUCAGGCCACGCCCGGAGGCGUUUGCAUUUCACUUGUAUCAAUCAAGCGCUAAUUAAUGAUGGCCACACUGCACCAGACUGUGGACUUCCUAGACCAUUUACUCCUUUCGAUAUAACCUCCACAACCCCCCAAUGCUGCCUGUCGAGUCUCCUGGCCACUCUGGGUCCCUUAAUCUAUCGGGCCACCUCGGGUCGAGGCCACCUCGUCCCUGUCUGCUGGUCACCUCAGCCCCCGCGGUCAUCUCCUUCCAGAACCACUUCGACCCAUUGGGCCUGUCCGCCCAUCGGUAUCCCUCAGGGCGGGUCCCCCUGAGCCCCUAGGCCGGCCAGGUCACCUCAGUGCCACGCCUCCAUGGCCAGAGAUUCGGCGUGUACGUUAAUGCUUUGUUCCCAGAGCAGGUUUUCGAAAUGCCGCUCCCUCUAGUCUCCAGCUGUUUUCCUGCCAGCGCGGGGAGAGCCGGCCGCGGCAGCGCCCCCGGCGGCGCACCGCAGCCCAGGAAGAAGGGAGUGGCCGCCACCACCACCGCCUCCUCCACCUCCCCCGCCUCCCCCGCCUCCUCCCGGAACGCGGGAGCGGCCGCGAGCGGCGCACGCCCCGACCGUCACGACCGUGCUCCUGAUUGGCCGCGCCGGGCGACGACAAGGGGAGGGCCCAGGCGGCAGCUGGGAGCCGGAGCCCGCGCGUGCGCAGAGAGAGUGCGCUGAGCUGAGGGGGAGGUGGCCGGCCGCUUCUCCUGCGUCCGCCAUUUUGUUGCUGUGGCUCUUGGGAACGGGCUCGGCAAAGCCGCCCCGGAGGCGCGACGCUUUUAGCAGUCCGGUUUUUUGCGUGGCGGCGGGUUUCGGUGCAGAGUCGUGGGGGCGGGGGCCGCGGAGUCGGCGCGUUCCAGGCCAGGAGUGACUGGAGGCACCCCGGUACUCCGGGCAGCCCGAGAAUCCCGGGGCGGCCUCCGCUGCGGCUCGGCUUCGCCCGCCCCGACCUCGGGCUCUGCUCCGCAUUCCCCGGGCCGGCUCCCUCCGUAAGGCGGCCCCGGAGCAGGCGGGCGGCGGCGGAGGAUGCUGCGGGCCCGAAGCCGAGAGGAAGGUGGCUCGGCCCUCUAAGCGCGCCUCGAGGUGUGCCAAGAGGCCCUUCCUUGGCCGCAAAGCCGUCUGUCGGGCAGAGGCGUCCAGAACAGAAGAGAGCAGCCGCCGCCCCGACUCGCCGCAGAGCCCCGGCUCCACACCAUGUCCUCCGCCAGGUUCGACUCCUCAGACCGCUCCGCCUGGUACAUGGGGCCGGUGUCUCGCCAGGAGGCGCAGACCCGGCUCCAGGGCCAGCGCCACGGUAUGUUCCUAGUUCGCGACUCCUCCACCUGCCCUGGGGAUUAUGUGCUGUCCGUGUCCGAGAACUCGCGGGUCUCCCACUACAUCAUCAACUCUCUGCCCAACCGCCGUUUUAAGAUUGGGGACCAGGAAUUUGACCACUUGCCGGCCCUGCUGGAGUUCUACAAGAUCCACUACCUGGACACCACCACCCUAAUCGAGCCCGCGCCCAGGUAUCCGAGCCCACCAAUGGGAUCUGUAUCAGCACCCAACCUGCCUACAGCAGAAGAAAAUCUGGAAUACGUACGGACUCUCUAUGAUUUUCCUGGGAAUGAUGCCGAAGACCUGCCCUUUAAAAAGGGUGAGAUCCUGGUGAUAAUAGAGAAGCCUGAAGAACAGUGGUGGAGUGCCCGGAACAAGGAUGGCCGAAUUGGGAUGAUUCCUGUCCCUUAUGUUGAAAAGCUUGUGAGGUCCUCACCACAUGGAAAGCACGGGAAUAGGAAUUCCAACAGUUAUGGAAUCCCAGAACCUGCUCAUGCAUAUGCUCAACCUCAGACCACAACUCCUCUACCUGCAGUUUCCAGUACUCCUGGAGCAGCGAUCAACCCUUUGCCAUCCACACAGAAUGGACCUGUCUUUGCAAAAGCCAUCCAGAAAAGAGUACCCUGUGCUUAUGACAAGACCGCCUUGGCAUUAGAGGUUGGUGACAUUGUGAAAGUCACAAGAAUGAAUAUAAAUGGCCAGUGGGAAGGCGAAGUGAAUGGGCGCAAAGGGCUUUUCCCCUUUACGCAUGUCAAAAUCAUUGACCCUCAAAACCCUGAUGAAAACGAGUGAUUGCUGUUGCCUGUUUCCUGCUGCUUCGUUGUUCUGCCUGUCAUAGUCUCUUUGAAGUGGGAAAGCAUUCUCUCUCAUAGGCAAGUUACACUGCAUUGCCGAUGUCCAGCUUUCUGCAGAGUGGCGGUCUCUCACACCCAUUUGGAAUGCACACAGUGGCUGCCUCGGCAUUUGUAUCAUAGUCGUGUUGUCAAGAGUAGCCGAUUUUAGAGUUCUUUUGGAUCAUAAACUGGAAGUACUGGUGGAAGCACACAAGUGGAGAGAAGUUGACGAGGAAAGGGUCUGUCUUCUCAUCACUGCCCUGUUUGUACUUGUGACUGAUUCUAUCAUGUUCAUCAGAUGGAGCUUGAGGCCAUGACGAGACAUUGCACAUUGCUGUUCCACAGAGCAGUGGCUCAGUUGCCAUUUUGUUUUUCCUUUGAAGAACAGAGCAAAUGAACCUUACAGAAGAGGGAAUUCUGUCCUUAACUCCCCAAAUCUGGCUCUUCUUUUUUCCUUUUGGUUUGGUUUUGGAAGACUUAAUUAGAUUUGUGUGUUCUGAACAGGUUUUUAACUAGAGGGUUGGAUUUUUGUGGUAUUGUAAGGAAUGACUCGUGCCUCUGAGCUUCCAAACUGAAGCUGCUGUAACUAAAGGAAAAAACAGCCCUGAAGCAGAGGCCUUUAUUGUCUUGGUUGCCACUUGUACCUUGUUUUGCCAUAUUGCAAACAGACCACAAAAAAUCAGUCAUAGCGUGCCAAGCUGUGUGCAUGGCCUCUUGGAUUACAUUGUCCCCAAAAGCAUCAGAGUGAGGGGUGAUUUGGGGAAACCUUUGCUUACCUUGUGUGCCAGUGACAGGAGCAAUGUGGGGGGCGCACUUGGCCAAUUUUCUGUCUACUGUUUCAGUGAAUACACCCCUUUAAGGUAUAGGAAUUAAGUUUCUUUAAAAAAUGAAGUUGUUCAUAGAAUCAUUGAAAUAAUUAAUGAAUCUUUAAAUUCUACUCACUGAGUCUCACUCCUCGCCACCACAGCCCAAGUUCACAAGGCUGCCAGAGAAAGAUGGUGCUGCUAAUACUGGUUCCCCAGUCUGUAUGUCCCUGAUGCCCUCAGGCAAAGAAAAUGUAAGCUCUGGAAAUUAGUUAAUGCAUUUAAUGUCUAAGAUUUUAGUCACUAGGGAGAACCAUUAACCAUUUAGCAAUUUGAUGUUAUUGUUUCCUUGUUAGCUAAAAAAAGGGCUGUUCAUACAAGCCCGCUUGAUACAAAUGUGUGGCUGAUCCCUUGACUGGUGCACAUAGCAGAUUAGGAUUCUGGAACCUUCAUGCAGUUCAGUCUGCUCUCCCUUCUGGAAACUGGUGAAGACAGGCCUCAGCUCAGAAUGAAUACAGAAGACCUAGAAAUGUAGCAGCCACCUAAUGAGUAACUGCAUCAUUUGCUGAGCAUCUGCUGUAGCCAUGGCCCUGUGUCCCAAGGGUCUUAGGUUUGGAGGGCUAGAGCGAUAUAUUCUGGUGACGGAACCAGCAAAACAACCAUUUUUUCAGUCUGUCUUUAAAUCCAUAUUUCAUUAGGCUGGUGUCUGCCAUAUGGAAGAAUCUUUAAAGUGUUCUUGUGAUAAAGUUAAUGAUCAGUUGGGAAAAAAAUCACUGGCUGCCUGUCUGUGGUCUUCCCAGAAAAAAAUGCAAUCUGCUCUCCCUAGUCAGGGAGAACUGUGGCCACUUCUUGCUUGGAAGGUGCCUCUCCGUUGUAGUUGCCUCAUACUCAUUUCGGGCCCAGCCUAGCUCCCACAGUAAGUGGUACGUGUGUGGCAGCAUUCCUGCUCUCUGCCUGGACGCAGCACUUGCCUUGCAACCAGUGACCCAGUACUAAGGGGGUUGUGAGCAUUAUAUGUGCCUUGUUUAAAGAAGGCACAAACCUUAAGACUUUUUUUAGCCAAAUUUAGCUGAGGGGCUUGGCACUUUUUGGUGACAAUAGUUGGUUCAGAGUAUAAGAAGUAUAUGGCCAUUUUGGAAAGCAGGGUUUCCUUUCAGCUAUGUCUGCUGGCCCAUGGCAAGACCCACCUCGUGUAGAGCACUUCAGAAUCAGAACACCCCACAAACCUACUUUGGCUUCAUAAUAAGUCUGCUUGUCACUUCAGCCCACGUACAUGUCUCCAGGGCUGCCCAAGAGAUUGGGAGCCUGAAAUAUGGUGAACCUUGAGUUCUGAACUCUCAAGAUACGUGCCAAAAGUAGUACCUUUUUGACUUAGGACCUUAUUUUUCUCAUCAGGCAGGGAAAUUCUCUUCAUCACACUAAAUAUACAGAAGACCGCAUCCUUGCCUCAGCUUCAUGCCUGGGUUCCCCAGUGAUUGGGAAAGACUUCCUGUUUCAGAAAGCAAUGCGAAUCUUCCAGAGGAGCUGCCUUCCCUCCUUGGUUGGUCUCCUUUUAAGAUUGUUCAUUAUUGCUACUUGGCUCUGCUCUACUGUGUGUCACCUAAGAAGAUGUUUGGAUAUUAAAUUAACUCGGGAACUGAACAAAUUAUGAAGGGCAUUGACAGUUUGAUUCAAAACUUGUUUAUCCUGAAAAGGACCUCCCAUGCAGGAGUUGUUCUUGUCAUUUCUUCAUGGUGUGGUACCACCUGAUGGCAUAGUUAGAGAGGAGCACGCGUUGACUAGCUGCCAUUUGACAACUUUGGUCACCCAGACAAGACACCUUCUGUGCUCAUGUUGGAAAACUGAAAGGGGGGGAAAGACAGCUGCUCCCUCCUUGGAGCUCAAGGAUCCCUGGCUCCGUGCUAACUUUCUUUUACAGCUGUUUACAGACAAGACAGGCCGAGGCAGACGGCCACUGCUCUUGUAAUGUUUGCUCAGAGGAAUAUGACCAUUUUAUUUUUGAAAAGGGAUGAUAUGUUUUUUUGCCAGGUGUUUAUAAUUUAAUCCUUUAAUAUUAUGUUCAUUAACCUCUUAAAAUGAGUGACUUUUGAUUGUUUUAACACAGUACCUAAGACUAAUGCUUUCUGUGGACACCACUGAGCUCUGCCUCAAACUCCACCCUCUGGGACCAGAGACCUAACUCUGGUUAACUGAUAUCAGUGUGGUAACUGAGCUGGUUGUAUAUUCUAAAGGAGUAGAAGGACAGUUCCCUGACACAGGGUUGUUGUCUCUGCAGGAGGAACAGUGGCCUUGCUUCUAGACGGUCUUCACUGUGUGUUUUAAAAUGACAACAACAACAACACAAAACUUUUGACCUGUAACUUAAAGAUCAUAAACUUCAGGCAAUAAUAUUUUCUGUGUAAGCUUUUAAAAUUAUUUUUGGGGAUCAUAGCUUGUUUUAUUUUGUGCUAUAAAAUUAACAGUAUUAAAUGACUUAUAUUCUUAGAACAUUGAGUGUCUUUUCUUAACAGAUUAGUGCCUUUUUAUUUUUGUAUUCAUUUUACGUUACUGAUCCCGGCAUCAGAACCCUUGUUUCCAUGGCCUGUUUGUACAUUGUCUCAAUAAAACUUGCAUCAGCCGGUGGUGGCAGCAGCGGC